AUGCCUACCUACAUUGUCACCUGCAAGGAGGAUGCCACUCCGGAGCAAUUCCAGGCGGCCAAGAAGCACGCCGAGGACCAGGGUGGAAAGAUUGGCCAUGAGUACAGCCUGAUCAAGGGUUUUUCUGUCGAGUUUCCCGAAGACCAAAUCUCCACUCUCGAGAAACACGAGCAUGUCAAGCACGUCGAGAAGGACCAGGAGGUUCGCACGCAAUAG